GAAGCUGUAUUUGAUAAGAACAAGGGAACAGUUUGCCUAAAAACAUUCAAUCUUUACAAAAAAUUACUGACCUUCUCAAAAGGAGGCAAUGAACAAGUCGUGGCUCUGCUGCCUGAGAUCCGAGCGGUGCAUGUGGAGGAGGAGGUGGUGCGGUACUUUGGGAAGGGUUAUCUGGUGCUGCUGAGGUUUAGCACUGGGUUUGCACACCCCCUGACUCAGAGUGCAGUGCUGGGCUGUAGAAGUGAUGUGGAAGCAGUUGCCAAACUCAUUACUAGUUUUCUGGGACUGGACAGAAUAGAGAACCAACAAGAUCUCUCUCAGAGCAGCGAAACAGAGGCUAGUGAUGCUGAUGAACCACAAGAUAAAUACUAA